UUUUCUUGAAACAGUGCAGGCUGUGGUAAAAACCCUUUCCUCUGGUCUUGGCUUCAGAGUUAAAAGUGGUGCUUCACCUUUUUAACACAGCGUGAAACAGAGCUCUCGUAUUCACUGUUGUUUGCAGUCCUGGUGAAACAUUCAAAGAGAAAGUCAGCUGAAAUCAUGCAUGCAUUUACCGUUUUUUGUCCUGUGUUGCUGAUAUGGUCGUGUCACAUAAAGAAAAGUUGGUCCAAUGAGACCACUGAAUACCAAUCCACAACGGAAUAUGAGUAUACCAGUGAGUCGAUAGAUUACAGUGGUCAUGAAUUCCUUUGCGAAAAAGGCUUCAACCGUAGCUUCCGCAGCUGGUUCCUGCCCACCAUCUACACCAUCAUCUGUCUCCUGGCUCUUGUGGGGAACGUUCUGGUCAUCCUAACCUACCUUUACUUCAAGAGGCUGAAGACGAUGACUGACGUCUACUUGCUCAACCUAGCCAUGGCUGACCUGCUGUUUGCGAUUUCGCUCCCCUUCUGGGCAGCUAGUUUCAUGAGCAAGUGGCAUUUGGGUCUGUAUCCAUGCAAGGCCAUGUUCACCAUCUACAAGGUCAGCUUCUUCAGUGGCAUGUUCCUUCUCACCUGUAUCAGCGUAGAUCGCUAUUUCUCCAUAACCAAGGCCGUCUCUGCUCAUCGCUGUCGCUCCAGUGCGGUCUAUUAUGGACAGGUAUCUUCUCUGGUUACAUGGGUGAUGGCGGUGAUCUUUUCAAUACCUGACAUGGUGUUCUCUGAAGUCAACGUCAAUGGCACCUGUGUAGCAAAUGGCAGCAACUAUGAGGACUACCGCAUUAAGAUGCUGGUAAGUCAGAUGGUCCUGGGUUUUAUUCUUCCAGCGAUCGUCAUUGGAUUCUGUUACAUCUGUAUCAUCAAGACCCUGGUCCAAGCCAAGAACUUUGAGAGGAAUAAAGCCUUCAAGGUUAUCAUUGCAGUGGUGGCUGUCUUUGUGUUCAGCCAACUACCCUACAAUGUAGUCAUGGGAGUGACCACUCAGGAAACAAGGGACUGCGCCAUUGACAACAGUCGUCUUUACGCCAUGGAUGUGACCAGGGCCGUGGCCUUUUUGCGCUGCUGCGUGAACCCAUUCCUGUACGCCUUCAUUGGGGUCAAGUUUCGCAAUGAUCUCCUGAAGCUAUUGAAAGACUUGGGAUGUCUCAAAAAGAGCCACCUCAUGUACACCCACUGCGGUAAACGGAGAUCUUCUGUCGGCCUGGACACCGAGACCACCACGACGUUUUCACCCUGAAUGCUCUUAUAUGCUUGAGAAAAGUUUUGCCAGUUUCAGUUACAGUGGUAAAUUGCUUCAUAAGCUAAGCUAAAUGCUUAAGCAUUUAGAGAAAAAACGCCUGUGGAGGACUGAAUGGUGACAUACUGCAAAUUUUGCCAUGCAGUAUUAUUGUACAAAAACUUCUUCCUGCUUUGUAACAAUAUGCUUUUCACUUCUUGUUUUUGAUUUCCCUUUGAGAGAAUUUUUACUCUUUGUGAUUUAUAGCCAUGUUGUCUUCAAUAUCUUGUUUUCAGCAUCAGUUUGUCUAUAUUUAAUGUACUGAGACUUUGAAAAUAAGACUUUUUUGAAGAAGUUAUGCUGACUGUCCAUUAAAUAAGCCGCAUAAUUCUUUUUUAUGGUGAAAUGGCUCUUUAAAACAUGCCUUCUUCUUUAUUAUUUGUCAGAGUUGUUUUAAAACUGAAUAAAUCCCAAAAAAUAAAUAUC